GCGGGCCCCGGGGGCGGGGGCGGCGUUCCCGCUGUUCGCUGGACUGGGUGUCAUUGGGCUCCGAGGAGCGGCGGCCGGGGCACUGCGGGGUGUCUGGUGUCGGGCACGGCCAUGGCGGGCGCGCUGGUGCGGAAAGCGGCGGACUAUGUCCGGAGCAAGGACUUUCGGGACUACCUCAUGAGUACGCACUUCUGGGGCCCUGUAGCCAACUGGGGUCUUCCCAUUGCUGCCAUCAAUGACAUGAAAAAGUCUCCAGAGAUUAUCAGUGGGCGGAUGACAUUUGCUCUCUGCUGUUACUCCUUGACGUUCAUGAGAUUUGCCUACAAGGUGCAGCCUCGAAACUGGCUUCUCUUCGCCUGCCACGCCACAAACGAAGUCGCCCAGCUCAUUCAGGGGAGUCGCCUUAUCAAAUACGAGAUGACUAAAAAGGCAUCAGCGUAACAAGGGAAAAUGAAAAACCAGCUGUUGGAAGGGAAGCUAUGCCGCUGCUGAGUCAGUCCGCCUCACGAUAGGCUCGCUAAGGAAAACAGGCUGGCUACUAUUUUUACUAACCAGUUUUUCUAGAAAUAGCUGAGAGUCCCGAAGCAACUCUCUGCUGCCUUACAAGUACCGAAUAUUUCACUUCUCUUCGUAAAGAGUAGCUCAAAAUAUGCAAUCAAUUUAGUAAUUCCCGAUGAUGGUUUUAUCUGCGGUAAUAUGGAUAGUACCUGUUAGAAUUUACUUAAUGAAAAACCGAAGAGAACAUCGUUUGUAAUUAUUAGCAUUUAAGUACUCAGAAUUCUUAACUGUAAUGACCACGAGACCGACGGCUGGCCACAUACUCCAAUCUCAUUGCCAAUGUUUUGAAAAAGUGUGUAUUUCCGUGCAGUGUGUAUAUUGAGCUGCUGGAACUUAAUGGCAAUAAACGAUUUAAAUAUUUGUCAAA